CAGAAUGAAAAAUUAAACAGCCUUGUCAAAAAAAAGAAAAAAAAAUGAAAAUAGGUGUGGUGGGAAUUGGAGUAGGAUUCAAGUUUGGUUAUCCAUUCGAAAGUUGCAUAUGCGGAAGCAGAAAGUGCAGUAGAGAAAUGGUGGCAAUGGGGUUGGCAGCACAAACCCGCACACAGUUACAGUUACAGUUAGAGAAACACGUGACAGAGGGUUUUGGUUCAAAAUCCAUGGAAUUGAAAUGGGUAAGGCGAAGAAGAACCACCAAAACCUCUCACACGAAACCACUCUUCCCAAUUUACAUUUCCACCGACCCGUGCCACGUCGAUCCGCACCGUCUCCGAGACCUAUUUGCCGAUUGCAACUACUCUACCCGACCCGAACCCGAAAUCGUGGAUAUACGCAAACUCGGCGUUGCUCUGUCUCAUAGUGCCGUGAUUAUCUCUGUCUUCUGCAACCCCCAACAUGUAAACGCCGUUCCCAAUCACAAUUCCCCAAUUGCCGAUUUCUUCACGCCGGUUUCUCCUUCUCGCGACCAAUUGAUCGGCUUUGGCCGUGCCGUUUCCGAUUAUGGCCUCACUGCUUCUAUUUACGAUGUCAUGGUUAUUCCUUCCAUGCAGAGAAUGGGAAUUGGUCAGAUGAUAGUUAAAAAAAUUGUGAGAAUGCUUACAAGUAGAGACGUCUACGACAUAGCAGCCCUUUGCUCUGAGAAUGAAAGGUUAUUUUUUAAGGCGUGUGGAUUUGGAGACGACAUUUUGGGCUCUACUACCAUGAUGUACACGAGAACUGCUCCAUUAACAUUCCAUGAAGGGGAAUAGACAGUUACAUACUUUCAUGUGCAAGCCUUGCUAUUGUUAAUUCCACCUCUUAUUGAGGGACCUACGAAUCUUCAAGGACAGUAAUGUAAAGAGUCAAGCUACAUUCUGUAAACAAUUAGCAACAACUAGAUUGUUGCUUGAUCAGCUAGAGGAGGUUCGACAUUGCCAUUUUUUUCGUCAUUCAUAGAUUCAUAUUCACAAUUCAAGUGAUAGAUAGGUAAAAUUUGUAAUUGCAAGAUUUUUUGUUCCACGCUUUCAGUGUAAACGUGGG